AAUCCCAGUUCACCUGGACAAAGGCAUCCAGGCCACUUGGAUACCUUUUGUGCCUGGUCUUUUCACAUUUAAUGUGUUGGUCUAUGGGCCAUCAGACCAAAACAAUAGGGGUGCAAAUUCAACCUUAACCCCGACUCCAGGCUGACGUGUCACUCUGUCUGUCCUCUUGUGAGAAGAGGAGACUGAGGAUGGCUCCGGUUGAGGUAGGUGUGCCUGACAGCCCCAUCAUCCGUCCUCCAAAGAGGGGUAUAAAAAAGGACACAGACAAGGUCAAAUCAGUCUGGACUGACAAUUGCAUUGAGCUGGCUGAAUGGAAGGCAGGAAAGAAACUAAAAAAAUGAAGCACUUGGAGGAGCCUUUAUCAGCAGAUUCUGACAGCUCCUUGUCAGAGCUCUUCAACGGGGCCACAUCCUCCUCCUCCUCCAGCUCCUCUCCUCCACACAUGGUCAGGACGAGCAAAAAGGCUCAACAAUUUCCCUCUCCCUCACCAUUGCCACCAUCAUCCCCCUGCUGGAUCUGUUGCUUGCCCAAAACCCUUGAUACUGGCCAUGCGUCCUUUCAGGGACGCUCCUACUGCGAAGUGGAGGAUGGCUCUAGAGGCAGGACAGCUCAGCAGUGGUUGGAGGAGAAGCAGUGGUUGAAAGAAAAGCACUGGCUGGAGGUAGAGCUGCCGAAGAUUGAGCAGGAGGCAGCAGAGAUGUAUGGCUCGUCCACAUGCUGCAUCUGUGGUCAUGUCCUAACCCUGGAAACUGGCCAUGCGUCCUUCCAGGGACACUCCUACUGCGAGAGAGAGGCUGGCCCUGAUGGGAAGACAGCUCGGCAGUGGCUGGAGGAGCAGCAGGCUUCAGCAGCAGCAGUAGAUGGGCCAACACCAAUGGUGGCGGUAGAACCAGUGAUUUCAGCAGCUGAGCCAGCAUCCUUCCAGGCGGAUAGGCCAACUCUUACCCUAAACCUAACUAUACCCCUAAACAUAACCAUAAACCUAACCCUACCUUCUAGUGCCAGCGCAUCCUCCUUCUCCACCUCAGCCACCCCACAAACUGCCACUGCCACCCUGUCCUUUAGCGCCACCCCGUCCACCAGCGUGGACGCCGAUGUAACCCCCUCUACAGCUACCACGUCUCCAGCUGCAGCCACAACAGCCAGUGCCAGCACAUCCUCUGCAUCAAACUCAGCCACCACACAAAAUCGCCUCAACAGUUGUGGCGAUACCUAGUGAGGACUACCGCCGCAGGAGAAGAAACAAUGUGCACUGGAGACAGGACAAUUUCUGAAAUCUUCUCGGAAGGUCACCCACUUCAACCGCAGGCGCUGUGACCAACCUUAGGUGGGGAUAACAUUGGCCAGCGGCAAGCGUAACAACGUUCAGACCAUAAUAAGUUCUCGUUCCUAAGUAAACUAAACUGACAAUUGAAUACGCUCACGUUGCGCUUUAAAAGUUGAACCAAGUUCAACGCUCAGCUUGUUCAAUGGCUGGAAAAAAAUAUGCAGCACAAGAUCCCCCUCCCUGAGCAAACACUUUCUUUAUUGCAUUUAAUUCUUAAAAAGAAACAUUGUUCAGUUGUCUUCAUAAUGUGUGUAUGUGUGUGAGGGGCGAGG